GCCUCCUUACACGUCACGAAUUUAGAGCAGGAACUGACGAAACCGGAAGUUGGUAUUCCGAUAUACAAUGAUGGCAGAAGAAGAGUCAGUGAGAGAUGAGUUUGAGCAAAUUGAUUUUUUGAAAGACCGACAUAUUAAAUUUUUCCAAAGAUGUUUACACGUGUUACCCGAGAGAUACUCUUCCCUGGAGACUAGCAGGCUGACAAUCGUGUUCUUUGCACUUUCUGGCUUGGACGUCUUAGAUGCCCUGGACGUAGUGGAUAAACCAAGUUUAAUUGAAUGGGUAUAUUCAUUACAAGUGCUUCCCAUGGAAGACAAGUCUAAUUUGGGUCGUUGUGGGUUCAGAGGAUCAUCACAUCUUGGAAUUCCAUACAACCCUUCAAAGGGUCCAGGUGUGAAUCAUCCCUAUGACAGUGGUCAUGUUGCAAUGACUUAUACUGGACUGGCUUGUCUGAUUAUCUUGGGAGAUGACUUAAGUCGUGUGAAUAAGCAAGCAUGCUUGGCUGGACUGAAAGCACUCCAGUUGGAAGAUGGAAGUUUUUAUGCCGUUCCAGAAGGAAGUGAAAAUGACAUGAGGUUUGUCUACUGUGCAGCUUGCAUCUGCUAUAUGCUCAGUGAUUGGUCAGGCAUGGAUGUGAAAAAAGCAAUAGAUUACAUCAGACGGAGUAUGUCUUAUGAUAAUGGUAUUGCACAGGGAGCUGGACUGGAAUCUCAUGGUGGAUCUACUUUCUGUGCCAUUGCCACCCUUUGUCUAAUGGGUAAACUAGAAGAGAUUUUCACUGAAAAAGAACUGAACAGAAUAAGGCGAUGGUGUAUAAUGAGACAGCAAAACGGAUUUCAUGGGAGGCCAAAUAAACCAGUAGAUACUUGCUACUCAUUUUGGGUGGGAGCCACUCUGAAGCUUUUAGAGGUUUUCCAGUAUACAAAUUUUGAAAAGAAUCGUAACUAUAUCUUGUCAACUCAGGAUCGUCUUGUUGGUGGAUUUGCCAAAUGGCCAGAUAGCCAUCCAGAUGCUCUGCAUGCCUACUUUGGCAUCUGUGGACUCUCUCUGAUUGGCGAAGGUAAUCUGCGUAAAGUGCACCCUGCAUUGAAUGUAAGCGUAAGGGCCUUUGAGUAUCUACAGCAGCUGCAUCAGACAUGGAGAGAACUGAACUGUAGCACAGGCACAGAGUCCUUAUGCACAUGACACUUUUACUCUAUUCCCUGAAUAAGACAAAGCCAUGUUUGUGUUAUUGUGUAGUUCAUCAGCGCUGGAGUGGUAUCUACCAAAUAAAUUCCUUACUAACAGUAUCACAGCGGAUUGGCAGCAGACAUUUGGGAGUGAUUUGCAAUUAAGAGUUUAUCAACAGCAGACUAUUGAAUUAUA